CAAUGGGGCCAGUGCCUGAGGAGCAGUGCAGCUGAGAAGAGCUGCUGAUGGUGGGUGGCAACAACUGAGCCAGCAAGGGAGACCUCGCGAAGGCAGGAGUGACCCAAAGCAGCAACGAUGACUUGAAAGGGCAGUUGAGCUGAUCAUGUGACUUUCUUCUGGAUCACGUGAGGUGCCACCAGGUGCCAGCCAGCCAAUGGAUGGGGAAGGAGGAGGAACCCAGCCCCACGAGGCAAAGGGUGGAGACAGACAACAAGGAAAUACCAGCGCGGCAGUCAGAACAAGGGAAAAAACAUAUUUUGAAAUUGAAAAAUAAAAAUAAAGAAGUUAUUCACAAGGAAGCUCAGUGUAGCUGUAGCGGCCGAGUGGCGGCGCGCCUGCGCAGAAGCGGCCCGCCACAUCGCCGCCGCACGCCGCCACCGAAUUGCUGCCACCGCCGGCGAUCUGCUGCCUGGGGGGCACCGCCUCCGGCCCAGCGCAAUGUUCAAGAGAUGGCUGUUACAGAAAAGUGCUGUCAAAGGGAGUGUAAAUCAGUUCCACAUCAUCUUUCUGGACUUCCAUGUGGCAGGGAGACUAUAUCGCAUCACCCACAUGGAGAUAUGAAUGAGCCAUAUACUUCUAGUGCCUGUGCAUCAGCCCAGAAGAAGAUGCACAAUCUACCCUUUGCACAUAACAUUAAAAAAUUCAGAAGAAGGUGCACAACUCACAUGUUUCCUGAUUUGGUACUUCUAUGCAAAAUGCAAAGUUUCUCAGGAGCACACGUGUUAACAAAUACUCUUUGCUCCUCUAUUUAUGUAUGGCAAUGCAUUUGUAAAGAUCUCCAGUUUACUCCAUGGACAAUGUGGUAGUUGUUUUCAAAUUAAUGUACUGGUGCAAUCUCGUUCAGAGUGAGUCUUGUUUCUUGUGAUAAAAAUACAAAUAGCAUAGUAGCGCUGGUUUUUAAAACCCCACAGUUAUUUCAUUAUUGUAAUGUUAUGAGGACUUUGUGCAUGCUUGAUUUUUGCCCUCUUAGAAUAGAAUUUAAAGUUGAGCAUUUAUGAAGCAUUUUAGAAAAUUAGUCCAUUUAUUCAUAUCUAGAGGAUCGUCAUUUUGAGGGUGUCUGAGUUAAUCACCCAGAUGUUUUAUAUAAAAAAGGCAAAUGACAUUAAAAACAGGCGAAGGGCUUAAUUAACAUUCAUAUUGUCCAAUACAUAAACAAUAUCCUUUUGGCAGUCUAUAGUUAUAUAGCAUAAGCUCACAAGGUCACGACUGUUAUUUAAUUAUUAAAGCAACCUUUACUAUUUCUAACUAGAAAUCUUGCUUUGUUAUGACUUUUGUAAGUUUUAACAUCUAGGCUAAAUAUAGGAUGAAUAUGAACGAAUAAUGUAAACACAAUAGGAUGUACUACAAAUGCAUUUUUCAUAUGCAUUACUCAGAAGUAAGUCCCAUUUUGCUCAGUGCUUAGGAUUGCAGCCUGAAUAACCCUUAAAUGUUAUGGGCUACAAAUGAUAGACCAGGUUCACAGUCUGAGGGUGCUCAUCGAUCCAGCUCAAAUGGCCUCUGUGGCUCAGAGUGCCUUUUAUCAGCUUCAGCUGAUACACCAACUGCGAAUUUACCUGGACAGAGAUAGCUUGGCCACAAUUUCUCACGCUCUGGUAACCUCUCGCUUAGAUUACUGCAGUGCAUUGUACGUGGGGCUCCCUUUGAAAAUAGUCUGGAAACUGCCGCUGGUACAAAAUAGAGCUGCAAGAUUAUUAACUGGGACUGGACAUUGCUGAAAAACAGUAUAUAAAUAUUUGUUGUUGUUGCUGGAUCCCACAUCAUUCCAAUAAAGUUUGAAUAAGGAUA